AUGGGUAAAGGGACCGACAAAUUGUAUAUCACUCAUUCAGAAUGGUCGGGCGAGUUCGGUGGUAUGCAAUUUGGGGGCAUUCAGGCGAGAAAGAAGACCGAAAAGAAUUUCCAAUGUUUGCCGUUUUACUGUUGUUCGCUGUCUUUGCAGCCGUUCUCGCAUCCAGCUUGUACUCCUGAAGGCAUUAUAUUUGAUCUAAGUAAUAUAUAUGCGUACAUAAAAAAGUACGGGAAGAGUCCAGUGACGGGCGAGAAAUUGGAACUGAAAUCUUUGAUUAAAUUGAAUUUUUAUAAAAAUGGAAAUGGAGAAUAUCAUUGUCCCGCAACUUUUCGUGUCUUUACUGAACAUACGCAUAUCGUCGCGAUAAAGACGACGGGAAAUGUAUAUGCAUAUGAAGCAAUUGACAGACUUAAUAUAAAGACCAAGAAUUGGAGGGAUCUCUUGACCGAUGAACCCUUUACCCGAGCAGAUAUAAUUGUGCUUCAGGACCCUCAUAAUCUUGAAGCGCGUAAUUUGUCCAACUUUUAUUAUGUGAAACAUGACCAGAAGCUAUCAGAUAAAGAUGCAAAAGAAAACCCACUUAAUGAUAUAAAUGUCAGCGCUACUGGUUCUGCUGGGCGCGUGUUGGCAAAACUUGCAGGACAGAAAAAAACCUCUUCAGACCAAUCUACAGUUCAAAAAGAGAAAACACCUGUCAAAGAUGAUGCAAAAGCUAAAAAAUUCGAACCAGUUAAGAAAAAGUUACCAUAUAAUGCGGCUCAUUAUUCUACAGGAUAUGCAGCUGCAUCCCUUACUUCCACAGCCAUGACUCCAGUGACAGAGAAUGAGAAUAUGUUGCUUGAUAAAGAGGAAGUUAUGUUCAAGGAGAUAAAAGCCAAAGGAUACGCGCGAAUCGUAACUAAUAUGGGUAAUUUGAAUAUCGAACUGUUCUGUGAUAAGAUUCAAGGGGGUGAUCCAACUGGAACGGGUAAAGGUGGUGAAUCAUAUUGGAAGAAAGAUUUUCCCGAUGAAUUCAAAAGCAACUUGUCGCAUAAUGAACGUGGUCUUCUAAGCAUGGCAAAUAGGGGUAAAGGCACGAAUGGAUCACAGUUCUUUAUAACAUUCCGUCCAUGCACUCAUUUGGAUAAUAAGCACACAAUAUUUGGCAAGCUCGUUGGAGGAAAAGAUGUACUAGACAAGAUGGAAUCCGUCCCUACCGACGAAGCAGAUUACCCUCUGCAAGAAAUUAAAAUGCUAGAUGUGAUGGUAUUCGUAGAUCCUUAUGAAGAAUACGAGAAACGAUUGGAGAGGAAGCUACUGUUUGAAUCGGAGAAUGCAGAAAAGAAAAAUAAUCCCAAAGAAAAGUCAGAGAAGGAAACAACUACAUGGUUUGGCACACAGUUGACCAGGCUUGCUGAUCCAAGUACAAAUGUGAGUGCCGGUGUUGGCAAAUACCUGAAGUCAACGUCUGCAAAAAGAACGCUAGAAUUUGAAGACACAGAAGCAGAUUAUCCAGUUGAGCAAGAAAAGAAAAAGACAAAAUCAACAGGAUAUAAUUUUGGUGACUUUAGUGGUAAGAUAACAGAAUCUGAAAGCUAUUACAUCAAGCUAGCUAGUAUCCAUUUGUAA